CCUCCGCCUCGCGCCGACUCCGCCCCUGGAACUACGCUCCCGUCGUGCCCCGAGGCUCCAGGCGGUGGCAGAGGCGGAGCAGGCGGGCUGGUUGCUAAGACUUGGUGAAGCGCAGCGCUUCCGCCUGUCUCCUCAGUCAGAGCCCCACUGAGGAUGGACCCCGCCCCGAGCAUCAUGGAGCUGCGCAGAGAUUCAAAGGCCGGGAGUCCCGAGCAAGAACCGCCGUGGCAAGCCCUCCCGGUUCUGUCAGAGCAGCAGUCUGGGGCUGUGGAGCUGGUGCUGGCCUAUGCUGCACCCGUCCUGGACAAGAGCCAGACCUCACGCCUCCUCAAGGAGGUGUCAGCAGUCCAUCCGCUGCCCGCGCAGCCUCACCUCAAGAGGGUGCGGCCCAGCCCUGACCCCGGCCGCCCGCACUCGCUGGAAAUGCUGCUGUGCCUGGCGGGGCCGGCCCGGGACUCGCGAUCGCUGGCCGAGCUCCUCCCGCGGCCGGAUGUGGACACCCGUGGCCUGGGGCAGCCCUUCCUGGUGCCUGUGCCUGUGCGGCCGCCCCUGACCAGGAGCCAGUUCGAGGAGGCGCGCACUCACUGGCCCACGACUUUUCAUGAGGACAGGCAGGUGACCCGAGCCCUGGCUGGAUGCCUCUUCUCGGCACAGGAGCGGGCUGCAAUGCAGGCCCAUAUGGAGCGGGCCGUGUGGGCCGCACAGCAGGCAGCCUCGAGGGGCUUGAGGGCCGUGGGUGCGGUGGUGGUGGAUCCGGCCUCAGGCCGCGUGCUGGCCACGGGCCACGACUGCAGCAGCAGCGCCAGCCCCCUGCUGCACGCUGCCAUGGUGUGCAUUGACCUGGUGGCGCGAGGCCAGGGCUGCGGUGCCUACAACCUGGCGCCCCACCCUGCCUGCUCCUUUGCGCCGGCUGUCCGCGCCGGCUCUGUGCACAAGCUGGACGAAGACGAGGACGGGCUGCCCUACGUGUGCACCGGCUACGACCUGUACAUCACCCGCGAGCCCUGCGCCAUGUGCGCCAUGGCCCUGGUCCACUCUCGGGUGCGGCGUGUCUUUUAUGGGGCGCCCUCGCCUGACGGCGCACUCGGCACCCGCUUCCGCCUGCAUGCCCGGCCUGACCUCAACCACCGCUUCCAGGCCUUCCGCGGCAUCCUGGAGGCCCAGUGCCGCCGACUGGACCCCGACGGGCUGGACACCAAGGCAUAGGCGCUGGCCUGGACCCUCCUUGGCAUUCCUCACAUCGCCAGGGGCUUUUUGCCCUGUCUCAACUCAUGGACACUCAUGCUAUUUCUGCUGGCACAUGGGGGGCGUCCCUUUCUGGACACGGUCUUCCUCAAAGUUGGGCGGAGUGGGGGUCCAGCUGACUGAGUAGCUGGGCACCUUCAGACCCAGGUGGGCCCCUGGGGUCACCAGCGUUGUGUCCCCUUUUCUCAGGUGUCAGGGAACAGCUUUGACAUGUGAAAAUAAACAACUUAAACCAG